AUGCAUUUCCAUGCUUUUCUUCUCGCGGCAGCAGCAGCAGCAGCAGCCAUUCCCCUGGCCGAGGUCGACGUCGCCAUCAUCGGCGCCGGCCUAUCCGGUCUGUCAGCAGCCAAAGACCUCGCCGCAGCGGGCAAAUCCUUUGCUGUCCUUGAAGCCCGCGACCGUGUCGGAGGUCGUGUCCUGAAUGUCGAACUCCCCGGAGGUAUCGUCGAAGAAGUCGGUGCCGAGUUCGUGGGUCCGACUCAGGAUCGGGUUUUGGCACUAGCUACCGAGCUAGGAUUAUCCACCUAUCCGACCUACAACACGGGGAACUGCACGUUGCUACGAAAUGGCACCGUCACCAAUUACCCCUGUGAUUUGGGCAGUGGUGGCCUGCCACCGGUGAGUACGGAAGCCCUGAUCGAGCUGGUCACCCUGCAACAACGGUUCAAUACCCUAGCCGCGGAACUGGACGUGCGUGCGCCGUGGAAUCACCCCAAUGCGUCAAUGUGGGAUAGUAUCACGCUAGGGACGUUCAUCGCAUCGCAGCUGAGUCUCUCGGACGCGAAAUUCCUCAUCGAUACAGCGAUUACCGGAAUCCUGUCGACGGAGACGAACGAGCCCUCGUUACUGUACAUGUUGGCGUAUAUCGCUGCGAGCGGGAAUGAAACAACCCCAGGGACACUGGAUCGGUUGAUCGGAGUGACUGGCGGGGCACAAGAGCGUCGGAUCCUCGGAGGGACACAGCUCAUUGCUUUGAGAUUAGCGGAGAAACUAGGGGGAGAGAAUAUCCAUCUGAACAGUCCCGUUCGGAGGAUCCAGCGCCACAAGGGACGAUACACGGUCAUCUCGGAUCGACGGCAACUCACAGCCAACAAAGUCAUCGUCGCCAUGUCGCCUCCCCUGGCAGCACGGAUCGCAUACGACCCCCCUCUCUCCCCCGGCCGAGACCAUCUCACUCAGCGCAUGCCCAUGGGCUCCAUCGGCAAGGCGAUCGCCAUCUACCCGACCCCGUGGUGGCGCGAGAUGGGUCUCAACGCGCAGGCCCUCGCCGAUACGGGUAUCAUUCGCAUUACCUAUGAUAAUACCCCCGUGGAUGGGUCCUUCGGAGCGAUUAUGGGAUUCAUCGUGGCGGAUGAAAUGCGACGGUUGGAUAAACUGAAUCAGAGUGAAAUCGAGGGGCUAGUCACGCAAAGCUUGGUGGAUAUGUUUGGGACAGAGGCUGCGCGUCCGACACAGGUGAUUGUCCAUCGUUGGGAUCUGGAGGUGUAUUCGCGUGGUGGGCCCGUGGCGUAUGCUCCCCCGGGGGUACUGACGGAUUAUGGUGCGUCUCUUCGUGAGCCCGUGGGGGGGAUUUACUUUGCGGGAACGGAGACUUCGUUUUAUUGGGUCGGGUAUAUGGAUGGGGCGGUUCGCGGGGGGGAAUGGGUGGCUGCUGAGGUUCUUCAACAGUACACCACUAGCCAGUAA